GCACCAAUCAGCAUCGUGCUAGUGUGUGUAGGGGCGUGGUCCGACUGUGCAGUAAGCGGUCUUCAGUCUCCCGCCGGCUCUCUCUGUUUCCGCUCUGGUUACUGUGCCACCGAGGCCUAGUGCUGACCCCGCGCCGUACACCGACUCCCACAGCUCCGACCGCACAGAGCCUCUGGUACAAUGGCCAUCCAGGAGACCAGACCCAACAAUACGAUCUACAUCAACAAUCUGAAUGAGAAGAUAAAGAAGGAUGAGCUGAAGAAGUCCCUGUAUGCCAUCUUCUCCCAAUUUGGGCAGAUCCUUGAUAUCCUUGUGUCUCGCAAUCUGAAGAUGAGAGGACAGGCAUUUGUAAUCUUUAAAGAAGUGAGCAGCGCAACCAAUGCCCUGAGGUCAAUGCAGGGAUUCCCAUUCUACGAUAAGCCUAUGAGAAUACAGUACGCAAAGUCGGACUCUGACAUCAUUGCCAAAAUGAAAGGUACUUUUGUAGAGCGAGACCGUAAGAGGCAGGAGAAGAGGAAGGUGAAGGCACCAGAGCCAGCAGCUGUCAAGAAACCUGUUCCAGGCGUACCUUUGGUGCAAGGCUUACCAGGGCAAAUGCCAGGAAUGCAGAAUAUUCAUGGAAUGACCCAGGCUCCACGUAUGAUGCAUAUGGCUGGUCAGACACCAUAUAUGCACCACCCGGGCAUGAUGCCACCUCCAGGAAUGGCUCCAGGACAGAUGCCACCUGGUGGCAUGCCCCAUGGACAGAUGAUGCCAGGACAGCUUGCACCCAUGCAGCCAAUUUCUGAAAACCCACCAAACCAUAUUCUCUUCCUGACCAACCUCCCAGAAGAGACCAACGAGUUAAUGUUGUCUAUGCUCUUUAACCAGUUCCCUGGCUUCAAGGAGGUCCGUCUAGUUCCUGGACGUCACGAUAUUGCUUUUGUGGAGUUUGACAAUGAAGUACAGGCUGGCGCUGCCAGAGACUCUCUACAAGGGUUCAAGAUUACGCAGAGCAACUCCAUGAAGAUUUCAUUUGCUAAGAAGUAGUCUAAAGUGUUUUGGGAAAUCUCUCUCAAGCUUCCGUUGGUCGUCUGGCUUUCAGAAAAACUCCAACUCGUUAUAUGGUUGGUUGAGUUAAAUACUGUUCAGACUCUUAACUGAUUUUUAAGUUUAUUGCUCUUUCAUCCAGCCUACUAAGUGGGUGAGUAUGGAAUGGUUUAUUUUAUAUUUUUGUAAUGUUAUGAGCAUGUUGAAAGCAUUGCACCCAGAGUCUGCCUGCCAGACAUUGUACCUGGAGCUUUUGAAUAAAAUCUUUUUCCAUUGAUUUA